AUGUCACGAAAAGCGGUAGAAUUACAAGGAAUCUUACCACUUGCAAAUUAUACACAAGAUAGUAGUGCAUCUACUACAUCUAGUGUCCAACCAGAUUAUUUUUCAGUAAAAGACAAUGUUAAUAAUGCCAAGAAAAAACCUAAUUUUGUAAGACGUUUAAAAAAAUUUAUGGCUAGUCAUUGUAAUCGUUCACGAAUAGUCCUCCUCAUAAUUUUUCUCAUAACACUUGCUGCUAUAAUAACAGUAGUUGUAAUUUUAAAUAAAAAUCCUUUUGUUUUAAUAAGGCCUCUUUGUAAAUCACAAUUCGGUAUUCCAUCCCUUAAUCAAACAUUUAUUUACUUGGCUGAAAUAGAAAAUAAUCAACUUGGUGAUGAUAGCUCAAUUCCGUAUAAUGGAGUAGAUUCUAUGGGAUUCAUAGGGAAAUAUAAAUUUGGGGAGCUAAUGUUAAGUAAUUUAGGUUAUUAUAAAACAAACAUUACUAUUCCGCCGAAUAAUUCAACGAUUAUUAAAAAUUUUUGGAAUGGAACUUGGACUGGUUGUAAUUUUCAAUCAGAUGGUUUGAGCGUUUCUAAUGUUACUUUAGCUGGUAUUUUAGCCUCAUCUUAUUUGAUUGAACCCGAAAACGUUGGUCAAGCUUUAGUCAGUGGUAUGGCUCCUUGUGAUAACAAAACUACCAGUACUCCUACUAGUUUAACGAGGUAUUUGUUGGAUUUUGCAGGUUGUGAUUUCACUCCAGAUAAUGUUAAUGAAGCUGUGUCUUCUUUUAAUAGUUCUAAUAGUUCUAAUACUUCUAAUAAAACUCGAGUUGCUCAUUUAGUUAAGAGUCUCUCGUUAGAUGAAGAUGAUUGGGAAAAGUUUGAUAAUCAAUCAAUGGAUAUGGAAUAUACUAUAAAUGACUCUAAGGAUGAUAAUAUAGAUAAUUGGGAACCCGAUCGUUAUGAGGUCGAUCAGAUUAUUGCUCACAAAGUUGCAAAUGGCCGAGAUCUUUAUUUGGUUACGUGGAAAGGAUACUCAAAAGACACUUGGGAACCUGCUGAAAAUCUCGAUGAUUGUCGUGAAAAAUUGGAUGAAUUUCAUAGGCUCUCCGAUGAGAUGAAAAUAGCUGAUCAAUAUUGUUCACAAUAUGAAUUUGAUCCCGAAGAACGUGAUCUGUUUUUAAAUGCUCUUCAUGAUUCUGAUCGUGUUAAUUUUGAUCUUUAUGAUAAGAUCAUUCUCGGAAGAAUAAAAGAUUUCGAUUAUAAUGAUUAUGCUUCUGAUCCUAGAAUUGAAAGUGUUCCUAUUGCCGAAAUUGGUCAAAGAGGUCGAAGAGAAGAAGAAUUAAAAUGUCGCGAGGAAUGUGAUUUGUUCUAA